UUUCAGAAGGUUGAAAUGAGCCACAGGAACUCAACAGUGCCAGCUGAAUUCAUUCUGACACAAAUCACACACAGGCCUGAGCUGCAGCUUCCUCUUUUGGGGAUCUUCCUAGUCACCUAUGGAAUCGCCGUGAUAGGCAACCUGAGCAUGAUCAUUUUGACAGAGUUGGAUUCUCACCUUCACACACCUAUGUAUUAUUUUAUCAGACAUCUGGCUUUCAUUGAUCUCGGCAAUUGUACUGUCAUUUACCCAAAGAUGAUGGUGAAUUUUGUGGUGGAUCAAAAUGUCAUUUCUUACUAUGCUUGUGCCAUACAGAUGGCAUUCUACAUCACUUUCAUUAUCAGUGAACUUUUCAUCUUGUCUGCCAUGGCCUAUGAUCGCUAUGUGGCUAUCUGCAACCCUUUGCUCUACAGUGCGAUCAUGUCUCAGAGACGUUGCCAUGUGCUGGUGGUCAUUCCAUACCUCUACAGUAUCUUCCAGGCUGUGCUGAUAACUAGUAAGAUUUUUACAUUGACUUUCUGUGGCUCUAAUGUCAUCAGCCACUUCUACUGUGACAACGUCCCCAUGUUACUUUUACUGUGUUCAAAUCCACGGGAUAUAGAAUUAUUGAUCAUAUUAUUUUCAGCACUUAAUUUGAUCUCCUCUCUCUCUGUAGUCUUAGUAUCUUACUUUCUGAUUCUACUAGCCAUAUAUGGAAUGCAUUCUGCAGAGGGUAGGAAAAAGGCCUUCUCAACUUGUGGUUCUCAUCUGACAGUGGUGGUAGUAUUUUACGGGACUCUACUCUUCAUGUACUUACAGCCCAAAUCCACUCACUCAUUUGAAACUGAUAAAAUAGCAUCCGUGUUUUAUACUUUAGUGAUCCCCAUGCUUAAUCCCUUGAUCUACAGCUUUAGAAACAAAGAAGUGAAAAAUGCCUUUCUAAGAGUCUUUAAGGACCUAAGUAAACUUUGUACUUAA